CGCGGCGGCGGGGCCCGGCCCGCGGCUGCGGCGGCGGCGGCGAAGGGGCUAUCUGCCCUCAGUUGCCCAGUUGCGGCGGCCGCGGCGGGAUGGUGUAGCUGGCCUUUCGGCCAGGCGGCGGGGCGCGGGCCGGGGCGAGGAGGCCGAAACGGCCGACGCCACCUGACGGGGCUCGGGUGCAGCGGCAGCACGCUGAGGGGGCGUCGCCGCCGCCGGCCCCCGGCGCCGCCGCGGGAGGCCGCGCCCGCCAUGGCGGCCCGGGCCGUGCUGGACGAGUUCACGGCGCCGGCCGAGAAGGCGGCGCUGCUGGAGAGGAGCCGCGGCCGCAUCGAGGGCCUGUUCGGCGUGAGCCUGGCCGUGCUCGGCGCGCUCGGAGCUGAGGAACCGCUGCCCGCGCGCAUCUGGCUGCAGCUUCGCGGGGCGCAGGAGGCGGUGCACAGCGCCAAGGAGUAUAUUAAAGGAAUCUGUGAGCCUGAACUAGAAGAAAGAGAAUGUUACCCCAAGGCCAUGCACUGCAUUUUUGUUGGGGCACAGAGCCUAUUUCUGAAGAGCUUGAUUCAGGACACCUGUGCCGAUCUCUGCAUUCUUGACAUCGGUCUUCUUGGCAUCAGAGGAAGUGCUGAAGCUGUGGUCAUGGCUCGGAGUCACAUUCAACAGUUUGUAAAGCUCUUUGAGAAUAAUGAGAAUCUACCCAACAGCCAGAAAGAGUCAGAGGUAAAAAGGGAAUUUAAACAAUUUGUUGAAGCUCGUGCAGACAGUUACACAAUGGAUUUGUUAAUUUUACCCACUUCCUUGAAAAAAGAACUCUUGGCACUCACCCAAGGUGAGGAGAAUCUAUUUGAAACAGGAGAUGAUGAUGUUAUUGAAAUUAGAGAUUCUACACAAGCAGAGUUUAUACCGAAUGCUGCCACAGGGCUGACUAUUUCCAGAGAUGAAGUUGUUUUGCAGGAAGAUGCAAGAAAUAAAGCAGGGACACCCGUUUCUGAGCUUACAAAACAAAUGGACACAGUCUUUUCUAGUUCACAAGAUGUACUUUUUGUUCCAAUAAAUGGUGUAACCCCAGAUGAAGAGGCACUUUCCAAAGACAGAGUUUGUCACAAGAGGAGGUUUUCUGAUUCUGAAGAAAGGCAUACCAAGAAACAGUUUUCUUUGGAAAAUGUUCAAGAGGGAGAGCUUCUACAUGAUGGUAAGACAUUAGCUGGAAGUGUAAUCAUUGAUGUCUCUGAUUCUUCUACUGAGGCCGAAAAUUUAAGUCCAGACGUAAAAGAGACUACUGAGGAAAUGGAGUACAACAUUCUCGUGAACUUUUUUAAAACCAUGGGCUAUUCCCAAGAAAUUGUUGAAAAGGUCAUUAGGGAGUAUGGGCCAUCUACUGAACCAUUAUUACUCUUGGAGGAAAUUGAAAAAGAAAAUAAGAGAUUCCAAGGAGACAGAGAAUUUUCGCCUGGUACUGUGUAUCCAGAGACUAACAGAACCAAAAAUAAAGGUGUUUGUAGCAGCAUAAAUGAGCUUACAGCAGAUUCCACUCCAAAGAAAACACAAACUCACACACAGCAAAAUAUGGUGGAAAAUUUUUCUCAGUUACCAUUCAGAGUUGAAUCAAAACCAUGUACCUCAAAUUGCAAAAUUAAUACUUUCAGAACCAUGCCAAUAGAACAGAAACAAGAAAUCUGGAGUUCAAAUCAGAGCUACAUUUGUAACAUAGACCUUGAAACGGAUGGCCUUUUACCCUCUGUUGUCCCUUCAAGUCCCAAAGAAGUUGUCAGUUUUGUUUCAAGAGGAGCUUCAAGUCACCAGCCCAGAAUUCCGGUUUUUCCUGAAAAUGGUUUGCAGCCUCAAGCAGAACCUUUGCUUCCAAAUAGUAUGAAGUCUCCCUGUGAAAACCGCUCGAGGUGUUGUGGCUCUCCUCAGUCUAAGCCCAGCUGUCCACCCCUUUCUCCACCGAUGCCGCUCUCCCAGCUGUUACCUUCAGUUACUGAUGCUAGGUUGGUGGGACCUUCUGAGCAUAUUGAUUGCUCAGUUACGGGGGUUCAAAGAUUUCGAGAUACUCUGAAAGUGCCCUACAAGCUGGAAUUAAAAAAUGAACCAGGGAGGACGGAUUUGAAGCACAUUGUUAUAGAUGGAAGCAAUGUUGCGAUUACCCAUGGUCUGAAAAAGUUCUUUUCUUGUCGUGGAAUUGCAAUUGCAGUUGAAUAUUUUUGGAAGCUCGGCAACAGAAACAUCACUGUAUUUGUUCCACAGUGGAGAACCAGGCGUGAUCCUAAUGUCACAGAACAGCACUUCUUAACCCAGCUCCAGGAGCUUGGAAUAUUAUCUUUAACUCCUGCACGGAUGGUCUUUGGAGAAAGAAUUGCUUCUCAUGAUGACAGGUUUCUACUACACUUAGCAGACAAAACUGGUGGCAUAAUUGUAACAAAUGAUAACUUCAGAGAAUUUGUGACUGAGUCAGUCUCCUGGAGAGAAAUAAUUACAAAAAGAUUGCUCCAGUAUACCUUUGUGGGGGACAUAUUUAUGGUUCCUGAUGACCCUCUGGGAAGAAGUGGACCUCGAUUAGAAGAAUUUCUUCGGAAGGAAGUCUACCUUAGAGAUAUGCAACCCCUACUCAACGCCCUGCCAAAUGUGGGCAUGUUUGACCCCAACUUCAGAGUCCCUGGUGCCCAGGCAGCCAGCACCAGCCACCAGCCUCCGACCCGGAUUCAGGGCACCCCACCCAGUCACUGGCUUCCUCAGCAACCCCGCUUCCCACUUUUGCCCAACCUUCCCAACAUCCAGCAGAAUCUGCCCAUGCCAGCACAGAGAUCUCCUGCAGAAACCAACGAGCUGAGGGAAGCCCUUCUGAAGAUCUUUCCUGACUCGGAACAAAAACUGAAAAUCGACCAGAUCUUAGCGGCUCAUCCAUACAUGAAAGACCUGAAUGCACUCUCCGCCAUGGUAUUGGACUGAAGGCUGUUGGGAGCUGGGGCUGUGGGCUGAAGACACACACACUCAAGCUAGUAUCUGCAUGUGGCAGCAGGAAGUGACAUAAUGUGAAGAAACCAAUUUCCCAGUGGAAAUGCUGUUGUAGUGUAUAGGAGAAAAAAAAACACAGAUGUUUUGUGUAUAAAAAAAAAUCUGGGUUUUCAAAACCAGCUUUUUUAUAUAUAUACAUUAUGCUGCUAUUACAGAUUUAACAUUUUCUGUAAAAGGAAAGUCUACAUUUUCUGCCUGUUCAGAACUGUUUAAUAGCAGUUACUCUUGAGUGCACUUACAUUUUUAUGUUUUUUAAACUAUUUUCCUUAAUGCUGAAAAUAUUGACAAAUGGAUAUGAUUAGCCUUUCUAAAUAAAAAAAAAGAAAAAAAAGAGUUGCUUUCUUAGGGAAAGCAAGACCUCUUAAAGUAUAUUUUCUUGAGAUGACUAUGUCACGUCCACUGACAUGAAGUGUGCUCACCCUCCCAGCCUCCUGUACCCUCACCCCUGGAAUUAGAGUCCGUAGGAGUUAAUUUUGCUCCUCUGGGGUCUUUCAUUGGAGCCAUUUGUGAGAGUGGGCAAGUGGUGCCACUAGAUGGCACCUUGUGCCUAGCCAUUGUUAAUGACCAGGGCAGAGUGAGACGCACAGAACACCCGGCUGGAAGAACCCUGAGAGCCCACGUGGUCCAGCCCUUCCUCCCUUCCCACCCUGCACAAGAGGGACCUGAGGCUCCGGGUGCCCUCUGGGCACGCCCAAGUCCACAGCUCUGAACUGGACCCCUCGUGCAUGGCUGGGACACUCACCACUCAGUCCCUGACUGACUCUAGAAGUCACAUCUUAGCUUCUGAAGCUACUAGAGGGAUGUGAGGAAGUUUAGUGAAGAGCGUCGUCAUUAGAGUAGUUUUGUCCACAACCUUGGGAGACGUCCCAUGUGAAGUUUGUGCAGCUUUGCCAAAAAACUGGUUUUCUAUUCUCAAGAAUGACCCAAGCCAAUAAAUAGCAUUAGUAGCUUCUGUGGGGGCCCAGAGCCCCAUAUUUAUUUUUCCUGUGUUAGUCUCCUUAGUGUUCUCCUAAGCUGCCCUUCCUAUGGGUCUUUCUCAGAAUUGAUAUCUUAGUAUUGUGUUUUCAGUGUUGCCUAAAUUCUGUGUCAGUGAAAAUUCUUUUUCUGGAUAAUUAAUUGUUAACAUCUUUCUCGUUCUCUGGACCUUCAAAGGGCUUUGUAUUUUAUAUUUGUUCUUCCCCCAGGCUGCUUAUGAUCAGUUUCACAUCUGCCUUGUAGAUCACAUCUCUUGUGGCCCCCAGAAACAAUUCCAGAGGACUCAGUGCAGAUUUGUUCUUCAUGGUGAAGAGACUUAGUUGGCCAUGAGCAGACCUGGGUGGCUCCCCACAGUGCUCCCUCCAGGCCUGUGUGAUCCUGCAUCCCUCUGGGGGUGAGUCCAGGGUCCUCGGGUAGCCAGAUUCGGACUUCAGUCUUGUUUUCUCUUGGAUGCCUUUAUGAUGCAGCCGGUGUGGAGCUGGUUGUCAGCUGGGGGUAGGAUACCCAAGGCGUCCAGCUGUGCAGGUGGAGGCCAGCAGGCAGCUUCGGCCACAGCCUCUGUGCCCCAGCUUCACAGCUGGUGGUUUUUAGAAACAACAGCAGAGGUGUGAGGGCUGGGUCCCUCUCACAUGACUUUACCUUCCAGGCCAAGUGGCCUUGCCAAUCCAGCACUGCUCCUGUUCAGAGAAGGACUCAGGGGGUAUGCCUUGCUUGCCAGGACUUAGCCACUGGUCUUCGUGGAAGGGGGGCUGAGGCUCCACUGAUGCUAGGUAGAGCUGGCUAAGCUUAGAGGUCAGGAGUUUUCUAGGCUCUAGAAGUGACCUGACCUUUGAAUUACAUAAGCCUCUGUGAUCUCAGUAUUGUCUCUGAGAGCUCUACCAGCGCCUUUCCUCUUUCUUGGGUGCAGGAAGGAAGAGUGCAGAAGAUAAGUAGGAGGAGUUUCAGAAAAGCAUCACUUACCUUGGUAAAUUAUAACAUGAAACAGAAUUCACAACUGAAACCUAUCGUGUAGUUAAAUCUAAUAUUUUAAAGCUCAAUUCUCAAACCGUUAUUUUAAGAAGUCAUUACUUGUUCUCAGACUCCUCUUAAUACUCGGCUCAGUGUUGAUACUCCCCGUGUACCUCCCCUGGUAGGUUUUCUGAACCACCUUGGGGAGUGUCUGUAGCAGCGUUUCCUGUGACUCCUGCAGGUGGUUCUGCAUCCUGUGUUCCACGGCGUUCCUGUGAAGCAGGUGGCAGGGCACAGGACGCCACCCUCUUUCAGUAGACUCGGAGAAGUUGUCGGGGGUUAAAGAAUAAGUAGGCAGUGAUGCCGAAUGAUCCCUGGGCCUGCAUUCUUCCCCACGCUCCAGACUGCCACCUGGGAGAAGAAAGACUGGUUUAGUCUUUCUGUCAAGUAGCCAGUGUUUGAGACCCUAUAGGCUGGCGGCUAGAAAAGUAGUAGGAAGUCCUCUCAGCCGUCCUGGAUGAAGGGUCAGCAUUAUUCUAGCAGGGCGUGACUGUCACCAGGGACUCCGUUGACCUGUUGUAGCUUUUGGUAUCAGUGAGAGGAAGGAUAAUCUUGCUUUAUUGCUUAGGCUUAUUGUGGCAUUUGUGGAAUAUGAUCUGCACAUAGAAACCUUGAUGCUCUGAACCCCCACCCCCAUGGAGUCUCAUGCCCUUCCCCCCACCGUGGCAAAUGGCACCAGGCCCCCUGGAGUUGGGCCUUGGCACCACUCCCACCUCAGGCCCAGCCUGCCUCCCACACGUCUCUGAGACACGGCCUUCCUUAAGGAAUCUCUCCCCACCUCUACCUCCCCAGCAAACCUUCUACGUCCCCACCUGUCCUCCCUUCCAUCCUGCCUCCCUCAGCCCACCUCCUCUCAUCUUCCAACUGUAGUUUGUUUGGUUAGUUACUCUGACUCACUCCAUUUCUUUGUUAUCUACCUCUCUCAUUAUUCCCCACAUAUUUCAGAUCCUGAGAUUAAAACAACCUGAUUUCCCUAAGGAUCUCUGUUCAUUCCUACUUUCCUUCCCCUUCCCACUUUUCACUUCUGUGUCUACAAACUUGGCCUCCACCCAUCAACGUGGGAGGGAGGGAAGCCAUUGGAGACCACUCAGUUUCCAAAUUCGGAAACCUUUUCCCAAUCCUGAAUCUCCAUGUCCACAUUCAGUAACUAUAGCAUGACAUCGUUGACCCUUACUUUCCCUAUUUUCUGAGAUUUCCCUCACUCCUAAACAGUCUUCAUUCCUUUUCCUUCUUUUACCUAAAGGCCAGUUCAACAGAAAGACCAGCUCAACAGGUGGUUUCCAAACUUCGGACCAGCUGUGGGACGCAUGAUGGGGAGGGCAGUUCUUAAUAAAAAUGCAGGUGACUGGGCACUGCCCCCAGAGAGGUUUAUUCAGUAGCUCUGGCGUCAAGCCUGGAAAUCUGCCAUUCCAGCAGACUCCCUGGAUGGUUCCCACAGGUGGUCCAUGGACCACAUUUUGAGAAGCGCUCACCCUUAGAGAUCAGCACACUUCCUUGACUGGAACCGCCCCUCUUUGCUGGAGUGACUCCCAGCUCCAGCCCUGCCCCUUAUGAGUGCAUAUUUAGCUCUACCUAGAAGCCCUGAGACCUCCCGAGACCCUCUGCCUGCAUCUUUUGUCUUUUCCCACCCACCCUGCCACAAGGUCCCCUCACCCACCAUUGUCCCGUUUUGGCCAUUGCCCCCCGCCCCGCAGCUUGUGCUCAUGGCCUCCCUGGGUGUCAGCCUCUGACCUGCCAGCCCACCUCUCAGCUUUCCCCCUCUAACUACCCUUCUGAGACUGCACAGCUGCUAGAUUUAUCUUCUGAAGAUACGCUUCUGCACACCCCUCUUCUUGUUCAGUGCCCAGUGGCGCUCUCGACCAGAGUAUCCAGUUUAGACCUUCCUGAGCUUAGUAUCCUUGGCUGUCUACCUCCCAGUCGUACGUGAUGGCCCACUCUGUGUAGUCCAUCUGCCCACUCACUGCAGCCGCACAAUUUCCUCAGUUACCUGUGGGCUCCCACUCCGAGUGACUCUCUUCUCUGCUAGAAAUGCCCUUUCUCCCAGAUGGCUUCCCCCUAAGAGGCCCGGCCCUGUGUCCUCUCUACCUUGCCUAAAGCUUCUGACCAGAAGCAGCCUCAUGGUGUUCUCUGACCCCCCACAGCACUUGUGUCUUGCUUUCGGCACUUGCCACUCUGGUUGGUGUCACUGCGGCUGAUUGUGUACUCUGUCUUACCUCUUUUUCUAGACUGUGAGCUCCUCGUGGGCAGGGCUUUCUGUGUUCACUCUCUGUAUUUCCCACAGCACCUAGCACAGUGCCUUGCACUUAAUAGGUGCUCAAUAAAGUCUGCUCAAUUGAA